AAAAACCUGUUAGACGACACUUCCCCUUUCUGAACGCAAAGCUCAGUUCAACUGAAAGUGUGUUCAGUGUUCAGGCACUUUUCAUGAAGGAGAACACAUGAUAUAUUAACGAAGAACAAAUGUCAAAAUAAGUCAGUGGAGGAGAUCAAACUCAUCAGAUUCACCUGAAGCUUCAUCAUGACUGAUUCACAAGGAUCCAGUGAUGGGGAUUUUUAUCCAGGAUGCAGUUCACUCAAGCAGAAGAGCUCAAACCCAGAGUCCAGCUGUGUGUCUAUGAAGAGUAACAGAUCUAUGGAUCCGCCACUAAAGUUUAAGAGUGGAGACAAACGGCCUGAUCUCAGCUCAAAUCUUCUAUCCAGACCAGCUAAAAUCAAAACUGUGUUCACGCCUGUGAUUCAACCACAAGACUUAAAUGAAGGAAUGUGUCCUGGCUUCAGCCAUGACUCUAAUCCUGCUGAAGUCCUCAACACAUUGAGAUCAAAUCUGAGGAAGAAGUUUGAAUGUUUGUAUGAGGGAAUAUCAAAGCAGGGAAACCCAACACUCCUGAAUGAGAUCUACACAGAGCUCUACAUCACAGAGAGUGAAAGUGGAGAGAUCAGUAAUGAGCAUGAGGUGAGACAGAUUGAGACACAGUCCAGGAGAGCAGAAACAGAGGACACACCGAUCAAAUGCAGUGACAUCUUUAGACCUUUACCUGGACAAGACAAACCCAUCAGAACUGUGCUGACAAAGGGAGUCGCUGGCAUUGGAAAAACAGUCUCUGUGCAGAAGUUCAUCCUGGACUGGGCUGAAGGGAAAGAGAAUCAGGAUGUCCAGCUCAUAUUUCCACUUCCUUUCAGAGAGCUCAACUUGAUGAAGGACAAAACACUCAGUCUUUCAGAUCUUCUUCAUGUCUUUUUCCCUGAAACAAAAGAAAUGGAAAUAUCCAGUGAUAAAUAUAAAGUUUCAUUCAUCUUUGAUGGUCUGGAUGAGUGUCGUCUGUCUCUGGAUUUUCAAAGCGAUGUGAGGUUGUGUGAUGUGACUGAAUCAGCCUCAGUGGACGUGCUACUAACAAACGUCAUUGUGGGGAAUCUGCUUCCCUCUGCUCUCAUCUGGAUCACCUCCAGACCAGCAGCAGCUGAUCUCGUCCCCUCUGAGUGUGUCCAUCGAGUGACAGAGGUACGAGGCUUCAGUGACCCACAGAAGGAGGAAUACUUCAGGAAGAGAAUCAGUGAUCAGCGUCUGGCCUACAGGAUCAUCUCACACCUGAAGUCAUCAAGGAGCCUCUUUAUUAUGUGUCACAUCCCAGUGUUCUGCUGGAUCUCUGCCACUGUUCUAGAGAAGAUGUUGAGUGAAGCAGAGAGAGGAGAGAUUCCCAAGACUCUCACUCAAAUGUACACACACUUCCUGAUCAUUCAGACCAACAUCAAACAUGAGAAGGACUAUGAGAAGAAUGUGACAGAUGAAGAUGUGAUCCUCAAACUGGGGAAAGUGGCUUUUCAGCAGCUUGUGAAAGGAAACCUGAUCUUCUAUGAGGAAGACCUGAGAGAGUGUGGCAUUGAUGUGACAGAAGCAUCAGUGUACUCAGGAUUGUGCACUCAGAUCUUCAGAGAGGAGUUGGGCUUGUAUCAGGGGAAAGUCUUCUGCUUUGUUCAUCUGAGCAUUCAGGAACAUCUAGCAGCUCUAUAUGUGCAUCUCUCCUUUAUAAACAAGAACAUCAAUGUGUUUGACCAGAUUACCAAACCGACUAAUGGAGUUUCAAUGUCUGAUCUCCAUCAGAGAGCUGUGGAUGAGGCUUUAGACAGUAAAAAUGGGCAUCUGGACCUUUUCCUUCGUUUCCUUCUGGGUCUGUCAGUGGAGUCCAAUCAGAGUCUCUUACAAGAACUAAAGACACAGACAGGAAACAGCUCUCACAACAAUAAGAAAACAGUUGACUAUAUUAAAGAAAAGAUCAGUGAGAAUCCCUCUCCAGAUAAAUACAUCAAUCUGUUUCACUGUCUGAAUGAACUGGGUGAUCUUUCACUAGUGAACGAAGCUGAACCUCAUAUAAAUUCUAGAGGAUUACGUAAUGUGAAACUCUCCUCAUCUCAGUGGUCAGCUUUAGUUUUUGUGUUGUUGACCUCAGAGGAGGCAAUGCAUCAGUUUAACCUUGACAGAUUAAUUGGAGAUGAAAAUGAUCAUGUCAUACUGAAAGAACAAAAUACUGCUGAUGAAGUUCUUCAGAAGCUGCUGUCUGUGGUUACAGCAACCAGAUCAGCUGAGUUGAGGGAUUGUGGUGUUACAGAUGAAGGUUGUGCUGCUCUGGCUUCAGCUUUGAGUUCAAACCCCUCACACCUGAGAGAACUGAAUCUGUCUUGGAAUAAUCUAAAAGACUCCGGAGUGAAGCUGCUCUCUGUUGGACUGGAGAAUCCCCACUGUAAAUUGGAGAAACUGUGGUUGAGUGAUUGUAGUGUAACAGAUGAAGGUGGUGCUGCUCUGGCUUCAGCUCUGAGAUCAAAUCCCUCACACCUGAGAGCACUAGAUCUGUCAUAUAAUAAUCUAAGAGACUCAGGAGUGAAGCUGCUCUCUGUUGUACUGGAGAAUCCUCACUGUAAACUGGAGAUAUUGUGGUUGAUGGAUUGUGGUGUCACAGAUGAAGGUUGUGCUGCUCUGGCUUCAGCUCUGAGAUCAAACCCCUCAUACCUGAGAAAACUGGAUCUCUCUGGGAAUAAUCUAGAAGACUCAGGAGUGAAGCUGCUCUCUGAUCUAGAGGAUGAUCCACAUUAUAAACUGGAGAUACUAAUGGUUUAAUAAGGAGUUCACCCAAACUUUGCAGCUGCAUCCUAAGGAGCCAAGCCCAAUCCCUGAAAAACAACCCCACACCAUAAUCACCCUCCACCAAACGUUACACUUGGCACAAUGCAGUCAGGCAAGUACCGUUCUCCUGGCAACCACCAAACCCAGACGUUCAUCGGAUUGCCAGACAGAGAAGCUUGAUUGGUCACUCCAGAGAACACGUCUCCACUGCUCUAGAGUCCAGUGACGGCGUGCUUUACACCACUGCAUCCGACACUUCGCAUUGCACUUGGUGAUGAUGUAAGGCUUAAAUGCAGCUGCUCGAACAUGGAAACCCAUUCCAUGAAGCUCUCUACGCACUGUUCUUGAGCUAAUCUGAAGGCCACACGAAGUUUGGAGGUCUGUAGCUAUUGACUCUGCAGAAAGUUGGUGACUUUGCUG